AUGAUUCCUGGGUUUUGGGUCUGGAUGGACAGGCGCGAAAGGGCGGGAAAGCCUGCUUUGAUCCCAAACUCUCUGUGGAAGAACACGGCAUUCUCGGCCAUGUGUGUCAUUGUUCUUUUCUCCUGGGCGGUGCUGAACGGUGUGGAAACCAUUCUCAGUCUCUUCUUCCAAAAAGUUCAAGAGCUAUCGGGCUUCCAGUCUGCUCUUCGCUUCUUGCCGAAUGUCAUCAUCGGCGUUCUCCUGAACCUGGGAACAGGUCUCUUGGUUCACCGUGUGCAUGCAAACCACUUGGUGCUUGUGAGCUCGCUGCUCAGCGCUGGGUCUCCCUUGCUCAUGGCCAUCAUUGACCCUCAAUGGUCCUGGUGGUAUUGUGCUUUCUGGGCGGUCCUGCUAAGUCCGCUAUCGGCUGAUGUGAUCUUCACCAUCGCCAACCUGAUAGUCGCGGACGCAUUCACCCCCCAGACGCGCGGCCUGGCGGGUGCCGUUUUCAACACGAUCGCGGAAUUUGGAACCUCGCUGGGUCUCACCAUCUUCAUGAUCAUCUCCGCGGGCGUCACGCGGGAUUCCUCGAUCGCGGACAAGCAGUCCCCCGAGGCACUCAUGGUUGGGUACCGCACGUCUUCUGGACGUGCUUUGGGCUUAUGCUGGGGGCUUGUGGUGUUGGGUUGUGGGGUUGCGGAAUGUUGGUCGGAUUAG